GACUCCUAAUUCAAUAUGGCUGACAAGAUGCUAAGUUAUUUACUUUUAUGUAUAUUUUUACCAAUUUUAACGUUUGGUUAUUAUAUUACCGUUGAGCCGUAUGAUGAGGAGUGUUUCUAUGAUAAAGUUGUCUCAGGGACGAAAAUGGGAUUACUGUUUGAAGUUGUGGAAGGUGGAUUAAGAGACAUCGAUGUUACUAUAACUGGCCCAGAUCAAAAGAUUAUUUAUUCUGGAGAAAAAGAGGACAGUGGAAAGUACACAUUUGCUGCAUACACAGAUGGUAUCUAUAAAUAUUGUUUCAGUAAUAAGGUAUCAACUAUGGAACAGAAAUUACUGAAGUUUAGUAUGGAGUUUGGUGAGCCUCCACAUGAUCAAAUGAAGAAAGGUGAAGAACAUCAGGAUAAGUUAAACAAAAUGGUUGAAGAAUUAUCAACAGUCCUUGCUGGUGUGAAACAUGAACAAGAAUAUAUGGAAGUUCGUGACAAAGUACACAGAGAAAUCAAUGAUAAUACAAACACUCGUGUUGUUUGGUGGUCAUUCUUUGAAUCAUUUGUUCUUAUAGCCUUGUCGGUUGGACAAGUUUAUUAUUUAAAACGAUUUUUUGAGGUGAAGCGUGUUGUCUGAUAGAAAAGGUAGAACAAAUAUACAAAUUUAAAAAUAAA